AUGGCGCCAUCGACCACCCUGUCGCACGCUCUCCAUCCAGGGCCGCAUCAAGGCCCGCCGCUCUCCAAGCGCGAGCGACUCGGGACCGCGGCCACCUCGCUCAAGCGCCUCGUCCAGGACGAGUGGGACAAGGCUGGCAACAAAGACCCGCAGCCCUUGCCGCUCCCGCCACUGCGCGCCCACUCUGCCCGCUCGUCGUCGGCCAGGUCCUCCGUCACGACCUCGUCCUUCGACGCGCCCCACUUUGUGCCACCGCCGUCAGCCGUCCCGCCGGCGUUCGACCGCUCUCGGUACCCGCCCUCGCCGCCCGACACGCCCGACCUGGGCGACACGCCCGUCCUUCCUUCGGCUCCGUUCGACAAGGGCAAAGGGCGUCAGAGCAUGGAGCAGGAGGAGGAGGACGCCGCCCUCAACGCUGCGCUCGAGGCCAGCCUGCACGACGAGCAACCCGUUCCUCAACAGCCGACGACGAGCGAGACCGAGCUGCGCGAGGUCCUCGAGCAGUCGCGCGACGACGAGCUCGCCCGGCAAGAGCAAGUCGCCGCCCAAGAGCAGUCCGACCUGACGGCGGCCCUCCUCGCCUCGUCCACUUUGCCGGCGACCGCGCAACGCGACGACCUGCACACCCUGUACCACCCUCGGUCGCAGACGCUGCCCUCGUUCUCGGCGACCGACUUUGCGUCGUCGGCGUACCCGCCCGAGAAGCAGCGCGAGUUCCCGACCGGGCGCCCGGCGCUCCCGCCCGGCGCCGGCAGCGCGUGGGACGACGAGCAGCGCGAGAUGGAGCUCCUCGCCGAGGCGAUCCGCAUCAGCAAGGAGGAGGAGGAGGAGCGGCUCCGGUUCGAGGUCGCCGAGGUCGAGGAGGCCCUGCGGCGCAGCGAGCUCGGCGCGACGACGAGCGGCGACGAGAGCGCCGAGAACGGCGCCGCGAGCGACUCGCUCGAAGGUGGCGGCGGGUCGUCCAACGAGGCGUCGACGUCGCCCCGGUCGCCCAGGACGCAGCGCCACUCGUGGCUGCGCCCGCCGCUGUCGAGCAAGCUCGCGACCGACGGGCCGUCGUCCCCUCCUCUCGCCGCCGUCGCUCCCCCCCCUCCUCCUCGUCCGCUCCCGACGGUCCGCCACGACUCGGUCGCGACCGUCGACACGUACCGCACGGCGCCCGAGGCCCUGCCCUUCUCGAACCUCGACGUCGCCGCGCCGGCCCCGCCGCCGCGUCCAGCUCGCCCAGCUCCUCCUCCUCCUCCUCCUGUACCUUCCUCCUCGACAUCCGGUGCUCCUCAGAAGCCGUCCCGACUUCCUCCCGCACCGCCCGACACCUCGUCGGCCGUCCCCUUUCCCUCGCCCCAGAACCUCGCCAUCCCCGAGUCGUACCGCGACGAGAACAACGGCUCGCCGUACGAGCUCCCGUUCCUCACGCCGAGCAGCUCGCUCCGCAGCAACGGCCCCGGCCAGCAGCACCUGCGCCCGGGCCUCGCCGGCGUCGGCCAGUGGGAAAACCGCAGCGGCGGCGGCUCGUCGUCGUCGUACUACGAGCCCUUGUCGACGAGCUCGCACAGCGGCGGCGGUGGCCCCGACGGGCGCAGCGAGUCGAGCGCCAACAGCGCCGACUCGGCGGGCCCGCCCAUGUCGCCGCUGUCGGUGCGCAACCCGGACGGGACGCCGAGCGUGUCGUCGUCGCGCGCGUCGACCAUGUCGAGCGUGUCGACGGCGACGUCGGCGUCGGACGGGGGCGAGCGCGAGGGCGACGCCGGGCACCGCGUCGAGAGCCUGUGGAUCGAGGACCUGCCCAUGUUCCCGGCGGGCCUCACGGGCCUGUCGGCGUACGCCGGCCGGUCCAUGUCGGCCAUCGACGAGACGACCGAGCCGGCGAGUUCGGUCUACGCGACCGAGCAGGGCGGCGCCGACGAGCACGUCGUCGAGCAGGACCGGGUCCGAGCGCACGACGACGGCCGGUUCCCGGACGAGGUCUCGCUCGCGUCGAGCGGCGCGUCGACUCGCCGGCACGGCCUGCCUGACGAGGUCACGCUCGACGAGCGGACCUGGCUCGCCGGCGGCGGCGGCGGCGCGCAGAACGGCACGGCGUCGACGCCGCGCCCGCCGUUGCCGCAGCGCGAGUCGUCCUCGCGCAUGCCGUCGCUCCCGCCUGGCGCCGCACCUGCCGCCUACGGCGAGCAUGCGCCGCCUCGAGCGCCUGUCGAGCCGCAGCCGUCGACCGCAGCCGCCGUCGCGCAAGACAUGCACGAGGACGGCCUGCGCUUCGGCCACCCGGCGGCGUGCUCGCGCGAGCUCGCGCACGCGUGCCCGGCCGACGGCCUCGACGCUUCGACCGAGGUGCCGGCGCGCAUCGAGCUGUCGUGCAUGGCGGGGGAGGGCGACGGCGAGGCGACGGCGAACGAGAAGGAGGCUCGAGCGUCCCGCGCCGAUUGGGCCAUCGAGGCGCACUCGUGGGUCGCGCUCGUGCGCGCCCUCAUGUGGCACGGCGACUCGACCCUGUCGGCUGCGCGCGCCGACCUCGCGCAGAGCCGGUCGCAGCGCUGCGCGGCGACGGCCCGGCUCGAGUUCCGGCCCGACGACGAGGGCCUGCCCGUCCUGCGGCUCGUCGUCGCGCUCGUGCCGCCGAGCGACGCGGCGUCGCACCUUGCCGAGCACCGCGAGCUGAGCGUGUCGCACCCGGCGCGGCACGAGUCGGUCGACCAGGGCAAGGGCAAAGGGCGCGCUCAGGCUCCUGCACCGGCCGCCUCGCCGCUCGCCACGUUCGCCCUCCCCGACCUGCUCCACCUCCCGACGCGCCUCUCGAGCCUCGCCAUCCAGCUCUACACGCUGCGUCACCUCGCCGGCAUCGCGCGAGCGACGCAGCCGGCGCAGCACGUCCAGUCGCCCGACGGCCACGAGUCGGGCUACUCGGCCAUGCGCGAGCUCGCCGACGCCAUCUCGGCGCUCGCUCGUGCGGCGCAGGACCGCGAGCGGCGGCACGACGAGUCGGUGACCGCGGCGCCGGCGCCUGUCGACUCGACGCGCGCCGCCCCUCUCGGUGCCUCGCCCUCUUUUCCCUCGAGCGCCCCAACGCCGACCGCUCCUUCUCCUCGUCCUCGCCAGCCAGCUCCCGAGGAGCAGAACGCCCGCCUCGUCACCCGCCUGCGCGACCGCCUCAGGCGGCUCAAGCGUCGCGGUCCGAGCGCGCCCACUUCGGGCACGGGCGUCGCCUCGAGCGGCAGCUCGGCGGCGAGCGUCGAGGCGGUCAGUCGGGAGCGAGGAGCGCGCGAGGGCGGUGGCGCUGGCGGGCAGCAGCAGCCGAACAAGCUCGUCAAGCCGGUGCCGCCCGCUCGGGCGACGGCUGUGCGUCGGUCCGAGCGCGUGCUCGCGGCCGAGGACGGGAACGAUGGCAGACGUUGGAGCGUCGGCGGUGCAGGGCGGCUGUCGUCGCAGGAGAGCGGCGUUGGGAAGACGACGGACGAGCAGCGCGAGCUCCGGUACCUGCCCGUGCUGUAGAUUCGCUCUCGUCUCUUGUAGCAUCCCCUUUCCCUUUCCCAGUCUCUCUCUCUCUCUCUCUCUUAUAUUGUAGCUCUUUGUCGUCGUCCUCUUGUCGCUGCAGUGCAAGGCUCGUUGGACU